GUCAGAUGUUGAUAUGUACGGUACCACAACACGAAAAAUGUUCAACCAAGAUACAUAUUUCCACUGCCCCGAAUGUCCCUUCCCCCCCCCCUCCUAUCCGAAACUCGGUAAUAUCUUAUGCCGAUGGCCGACCAACUUGAUUUUGGCUUGAUUUUGGCCUGCCUCGGCUUAAAUAUGGAAAGCGCGGUACUAGUAUAGCUCCCUCUUGACGAUCACAAGCUUCAUUUCAUAACAUUCCCCUCCAAUAAACAUUCCUUUCGCAGAUAGAUUUUCUCACAAUCCCUCAAAUUUUCCUUCCUUACCCUUCUCCCAACCAUGUCUCCCACUUCUACCUCAACAGGCGCUCAAAUAAAUCAAAAGAUUGACACCAUCAACCCUAAUCUGCCCCACGUCCCUGAAUCUAAAGCCGAAUUAAAACAAGACGCCGAAAUUGUUGUUCAAAAAUCAUUCGCAGGUUUACGGUCACUGGCUGCUGGGGGUUUCGGUGGUGUUUGUGCAGUUAUUGUCGGUCAUCCUUUUGAUUUGGUCAAAGUCCGUCUACAAACUGCGGAAAGAGGGGUUUAUAAAGGUGCUAUUGAUGUGGUUACGAAAUCUGUCGCGAAGGAUGGUCUCGCGAGGGGUUUAUAUGCGGGUGUGAGUGCGCCGCUGGUGGGUGUCACUCCUAUGUUCGCUGUGUCUUUCUGGGGUUUCGAUGUCGGCAAGAACCUUGUGCGCAACUUUACCUCCACUGCCCCUCACGAACCCCUCACAAUCGCUCAAAUUAGUACAGCUGGUUUCUUCUCUGCCAUCCCACAAACUAUCAUUACCGCCCCAUUUGAACGUGUCAAGGUUCUCCUACAAAUCCAAGGUCAAAAAGAACUUGCGCCGGGGGAAAAACCAAAAUACAAUGGUGGUGUCGAUGUCGUGAAGCAACUGUAUAGAGAAGGUGGUAUCAAAUCAGUCUUCCGAGGAUCAGCUGCUACACUAGCAAGAGAUGGACCUGGAAGUGCCGCAUAUUUUGCUACUUACGAAUACAUUAAGCGUCGUCUAACUCCUAUAGACCCUAUCACUGGAAAACCGGGGAAGGACAUGAGUUUAUUGGCAAUCACUGGAGCGGGAGCAUGCGCAGGUGUAGCAAUGUGGAUUCCAGUCUUCCCAGUUGAUACAGUCAAAUCGAGGCUACAGACUAUGGAAGGGAAACCAACUGUUGGGGGCGUCAUAAAAGGAUUAUAUAGAAAUGGAGGAUUGAAGGCCUUCUUCCCUGGAUUUGGACCAGCAUUGGCGAGAGCUGUACCUGCUAACGCGGCAACAUUCUUGGGUGUUGAAUUGGCGCAUCAAGCUAUGAACAAGGUGUUCGACUGAGAGGUCCGGAAAUACAACCAGUACUCUGAGGGUGGAAAAGCAAACAAAGAGGGGUGACACCGUCGAGGAAAGAGAAUAGGGAUGAGGGAGGUACUUUGCUACUGCCACGUUGGUAGGGAUAGAUUUCUUUAAUUCUGGCUGGAGGGAAAAGAAUUUAUAGACUUGAGAUACCAUACAAUUGAACUUAUUAAGGAGAUCAUACCUAGAUAUGUUCAAACGUUUUCUGGAU